AUGCAUGGGUGCUCUUACGAAGAUUUCAUGAAAAGCAAGUUGAUUCCAGUGGUUGGAGAUUUUGGAGAAGACAAUCUUGGCAUCGAAUCUCAAAUAGCAUGCAAGAUUAGUGACGAGAUUGAUGUCAUUAUAAGUUGUGAUGGUCGUACAACAUUUAACAACAGAUAUGACUUUGCCUUAAGCGUCAACGCUCUUGGACCUGGUAGACUCUCAAGCUUCGGAAAGGGAUGCAAGAAAACUCCACUUUUUCUCCAUAUUUCAACUGCUUAUGUCACUGGUAAGAAAGAGGGAACAAUACUGGAGACACCUCUAUGCAUUGGAGUAAACAUAAAUUCUGACUUGAACAUCGAAUCUGAGCUGAAACUAGCUUCAGAAGCGGUUAGAAAGUUACAUGGCGGUGAAGAAAUCAAGAAGCUGAAAGAACUUGGUAUUCAAAGAGCCCAACACUAUGGCUGGGAAAACACUUACACAUUCACAAAAGCAAUGGGUGAGUCUGUAAUUCACAACCAAAAAGGAGAUCUGCCUGUAGUGAUUGUAAGGCCUAGUGUUAUAGAAGGAGUUUUCCCUGGCUGGAUCCAAGGAAUACAGAUGAGUGAUCCAAUUAUCUUGGCCUAUGGAAAAUGCCAAAUUUCUGACUUCUGGACAGAUUAUCAAUCUCUAAUGGACUUUAUACUUGUUGAUAUGGUUGUUAACGCCACAAUAGCAGCCAUGGCCAAGCACAGUCGUUUUGGUGUUUCCGUGCUCAAAGUGUACAAUGUCACUUCUUCAUCUCAUGCGAAUUCCCUGCGAGUCGGCGAGUUGAUGGACCUCGCUCAUCAUCAACAUCUAUGUGACUUUCCAUUGACUGUGACAAAAAAUCUAGAGAACAUGAAACUCCACAGCUCCUUAGAAGGUUUCACUUUAUCUGUAUUCAACACAAUAACAAAACAUGAGAGAGGAGAUGCAGACUCACAUACCGGAUUAAGCAUGAAAGGAAAGAGGAUGCUAAACUAUUUUGUGUCCUUGGCAAGAACAUAUGAGCCUUACACAUUCUUUCAAGUUCGGUUUGACGAUACCAAUACAAAGAGACUUAUGCAGGAGAUGUCAAUGGAAGAGGGAAAAAUGUUCGAGUUCGAUAUCACUGGUAUUGACUGGGAGCACAUUGUGAAUGUUCAUCUUCCAGGUCUCAAGAGGGAACUAUUUAAGGAAAGAUCCCGUUAA